AUGGCGGACCUUAUUGACCACUCCCCCCACCAUGCCACCAAAGCGGCCAAAUUGGCCAGCGCGUCCAACGUCAUUCUGAUCGACAACUACGACUCAUUUACCUGGAAUGUCUACCAGUACCUUGUUCUUGAAGGUGCUACCGUCACAGUCUACCGCAAUGACGAAGUCACUGUUGAGGACUUGGUUGCAAAGAAGCCUACUCAACUAGUUAUCAGUCCUGGCCCUGGCCACCCCGAGACCGAUGCAGGAAUCAGUAACGACGCAAUCAAAUAUUUCAGCGGAAAAAUUCCGAUCUUUGGUGUGUGCAUGGGCCAACAAUGUAUGAUCACCACGUUUGGUGGUAAGGUGGACGUGACCGGCGAGAUUCUGCACGGGAAAACAUCGGAGUUGAAGCAUGAUUCCAAGGGCGUCUACCAGGGAUUGCCAGCCUCGCUCGAGGUCACCCGGUAUCAUUCGCUCGCUGGAACACAUUCGACUAUCCCAGAUUGCUUGGAAGUGACUUCGCGGGUCGAGCUGGAGGACGGUAGUGGCAAGAACAUCAUUAUGGGUGUUAGACACAAGGAGUUCGCAGUGGAGGGUGUUCAGUUCCACCCCGAGAGUAUUCUGACGCAAUACGGGCGCAAGAUGUUCAGAAACUUCUUGGAGCUCACCGCUGGGACCUGGGAUAACAAGCAGGGAGCGGCCGCAGCUGUGGCUGCACCUUCAGGCAAGAAAUUAUCCAUUUUGGACAAGAUCUACGCCCAUCGCAAAAAUGCUGUUGAGGAGCAGAAGAAAAUUCCGGCCCUGCGGCCAGAGGCUCUUCAAGCCGCAUAUGAUCUGAACAUUGCGCCUCCUCAGCUGUCAUUCCCUGAGCGCCUAAGACAAUCAGACUAUCCUCUCUCACUCAUGGCCGAGAUCAAGCGCGCGUCGCCCUCAAAGGGCAUCAUCUCCGCCGAUGUGUGUGCUCCUGCCCAAGCACGGGAGUACGCCAAGGCUGGCGCUAGCGUCAUCUCUGUCCUCACAGAGCCGGAGUGGUUCAAGGGCACCAUAGAUGACCUGCGGGCUGUUCGCCAAAGUCUGGAGGGACUCACUAACCGACCGGCCGUCCUCCGAAAGGAAUUCGUCUUUGACGAGUAUCAGAUCCUGGAGGCCCGUUUGGCUGGAGCUGAUACAGUUCUACUAAUUGUAAAGAUGCUGGACAUUGAGCUGUUGACUAGACUGUACCAUUAUUCGCGCAGUCUCGGCAUGGAGCCUCUGGUCGAAGUCAAUACCCCCGAAGAGAUGAAGAUUGCAGUUGACCUGGGUUCUGAAGUCAUCGGUGUCAACAACCGAGACCUGACGAGCUUCGAGGUCGAUCUCGGAACUACCAGUCGCCUAAUGGAUCAAGUGCCUGAGAGCACAAUUGUUGGGAUCUUGGGACCCCAGGAUGUGGAAGCUUAUAAGAAAGAUGGUGUUAAGGCCAUUCUUGUUGGAGAGGCUCUUAUGAGGGCACCCGAUACCUCUGCCUUUGUGGCACAGCUUCUCGGCGGUUCCAAUUCAAUCGCCGAUGCAUCACCAAGUUCUCCAUUGGUGAAGAUCUGUGGGACUCGGACCGAAGAAGGAGCUCUGGCUGCUAUCCAAGCUGGCGCGGAUUUGAUUGGCAUUAUCAUGGUUCAGGGCCGCUCACGACUUGUCCCAGAUGAUGUGGCCCUCCGCAUUUCCCAGGUGGUCAAGUCGACCGCUCGUCCGGACGGUACAUCACAGCAGCCGAAAAACGCGACAUCAUUGGAAUGGUUCGAUCACUCUACUAAUAUCUUGCGUCACCCUUCUCGUGCUUUGCUCGUGGGCGUGUUCAUGAACCAGCCACUAUCAUAUGUCCUUUCUCAACAACAAAAGUUGGAUCUCGAUGUUGUGCAACUGCAUGGAUCUGAGCCAUUGGAGUGGUCUAGUUUGAUUCCAGUUCCUGUCAUCCGCAAAUUUGCCCCUGGUGACCUUGGGAUUGCUCGCCGCGCAUACCACACUCUUCCAUUGCUCGAUUCUGGUGCCGGAGGCUCUGGUGAACUUCUGGAGGAGACCGGUGUCAAAAAGGUCCUCGAUAGUGACGAAGGAUUGAGGGUAAUCCUGGCCGGUGGAUUAAACCCGGACAACGUGGUCGACACAGUGAAAAAGCUGGGCCAGUCCGGCCAGAAAGUGGUCGGAGUAGAUGUCAGCUCAGGUGUAGAGACAAACGGGGCUCAAGAUUUGGAGAAAAUCCGAGCCUUCGUCAAGUCUGCUAAAAGCAUUCGGCAAUGA